AUGGUGGCGUUGGCCUGUGGUAGACAGCACCGGUUGCCGGCCUCGACGACGGCAUCUAGCGGCCCGCUUGGGUGCUUCAUCUCCGUGCUGAGCUGCAGUAGCUGCAUCUGCGGCGGUCCAGUUAAGCUGCAGCGACGAGGGUCAGAUCAGGCCGCGACUAAAAUAUCUGAUUUCAAGACGGCAAUCAACGCGCCGCCAAGCAUCGUCGAAAUGCCCCAUACCGGCCAAGCGGGCGUCAACCAGCUGGGAGGAGUCUUCGUCAAUGGUCGACCCCUGCCGGACAUUGUCCGACGGCGAAUCGUUGAGCUGGCGUUGAUGGGUGUCCGACCGUGCGACAUUUCCCGUCAGCUUCUUGUGUCUCACGGAUGUGUAUCGAAAAUUUUGACCCGCUUCUACGAAACAGGAUCGAUAAGGCCCGGUUCGAUCGGUGGCAGUAAAACGAAGCAAGUGGCAACGCCGACAGUGGUGAAGAAAAUUCUACGCUUCAAGCAGGAAAAUCCGGGCAUGUUUGCCUGGGAGAUCCGGGAUCAGCUGCUUUCCCAGCGGAUAUGUGACCCCAACACGAUACCCUCGGUGAGCUCGGUGAACCGGAUACUGCGGAACGGCGGCAUGUGGACGGACGAUAUGACUUCGAAUGAACAAAUGCUCCGCGAGUCUUCCCACUCGUCCGCCGCCUAUAUGCAGUCCAAAGCGAUGUCAUCUCACCCUCUGUACAGUCAAACGCUCGAGCAACAUCAAGCCCUGCUCAACCAGUACCGGUACAGUAUGGCCGGAGUUUCCCCGGACCACACCCCAAAACACCCCAACAUGCCCCACCACCACUCUCCGUACGGUUCGCCCCCGGGGGCACCGGCACCAAUGGUGCAAAGAACGGCGGCUGUCAACAUCAUUCAGCACGAAAGUCUCCCACCGACCGGAAACACCAAAUCCACCGAACACCAUCACCAGCAAUCGUCACCCCAUCAAACGCAACCCCUAGCGGCGGGACAUCCACACCAUCACCAUCUCGGUAAAUCGAUGCCCUCCGUCAGCAUGCCCGACCUUAGCUCUCCGAAAGGGGCCGACUCCAAGAGUGAACCUUCGUCCUCCACCCGCUCCACACCGACCAGCGGCACACCGGUGUCAUCGAUUGCGCCCGCCACCGCUCAGAUGCCAUACCUGCCGAAACACUGGAUCUGGAACACGAGCCUGUUCUACGCGGCGAACCGUGGCGUGGGACAGCACGCAUCGAGCGCAGAUCCGUCCAGUGCUACAUCGGCAGCAGCGGCGGCGGCUGCAGCAGCCGCAGCAGCAGCCGCAGCCGCCUUUCCCCAUGGAUACUUCACGUACGGCAAUCCUUUCGGGGGCGGUGCCGCAUUCCAGGGUCAAAUUGAUCCAAGCUUGCGUAGUGACACGACUGCUUCGAAUGCCUCGUCCUCGCCGGUACAAAUCACCGACGUUAACAGUGAUGACUCUUCGGACAAUCACGACGAUCUGAGGACGUCCAUCUCGAAGAAACGCAAUCCGUACUCCAUCGAGGAGCUGCUGAAGAAGCCCGAAAGCAAAAAACAGAAGAUCGACGAUCGAGUUACCAUCACCUGCGUUUCGGAUGCUUCCGGCAAGGUACAGACGGAUUCGCUGCUCGAUGACAAAUACCACUACCACUGCUCACCGUCGGUGUCACCGUCCAAGUCGUGUCCGUCACCUUCUGCCACGCCGGUCACUGCGGUGCGCUGUAAAUCGUCCUCCGACUACCGUUCGUCCUCAUCGCCACAGUCAGUCGGGGAGGACUCGGAAGGCUGCAGUAUCGUUUCGGCGGUGGUACGCUCCAAGCUCACCGAUACCAAUAGUGAGAAUAGCAUCAACAUUGAAAUUUGUGAUUAA